UGUUGAACACGUUUCUUUUUAAGAAAAUUAGUCGAUGAGAUCAGCAAGGUCCACUUCCAAGGUGUGUCAGGGCAGAUAUUUUUUAAGGAAGCUGAUAGGUCAGGAAUUGUGCUCAUAAAACAGUUGAUUCAUAACAAGUCUCGUGUGAUUGGGCGAUAUUUACCCAAACAACUGGAUCUUGAGGAGAAAGAUAUCACGUGGCUGUGGCCUGGUGGGAAGAUUCCAGACGGUCGCCAAGCAAAUUCCAAUCAGCCAGUGUGCAGCAUCGAGGAUUUCCGUGCAGCUCUUGGGGUGUCCUGCGAUGUGGCUUUGGUGAUAGCCAACAUCAUAGGGUUUGGUCUGCUUAUCAUGCUGCUGAUCGUGGUGUUCUCUAUCAUUAAAAGAAGAUACGACCUGAAAUUCCGCCGUACCAGGGAGAGGAUGGAGGAGCUGGGUCUGCUCUCAGACACCCUGAAUUGGUUGUCCCUCGAUGAGUGGGAGCUCCCCAGAGACAAGGUUGUGCUGAAUCGCAAGCUCGGGGAGGGAGCAUUUGGAACAGUGUACGGCGGAGAGUCCUUCAUAGAUGACAGCUGGGUAGCAGUGGCAGUGAAGACGCUGAAAAUUGGCUCAUCUGUGGAGGAGAAGCUUGAUUUCUUAAGUGAAGCAGAGACGAUGAAGAGGUUCAACCAUGAUAACAUUGUCAGGCUGUUAGGUGUCUGCACCAGGGGAGAGCCAGCCUACGCUGUCAUGGAGUUCAUGUUAUAUGGUGACCUGAAGACAUAUCUCUUAGCCAGACGACAGCUGGUCGGCAAGACAACCCCAGAGGCGGAGGAUGUGUCCGCGAUCAGGCUGACCGCCAUGGCUCUGGACGUGGCACACGGACUCCAUUACUUGAGCGCCCUGCAUUUUGUACACAGAGAUCUUGCCUGUAGGAACUGUUUGGUUCACAUGAGUAAGACAGUAAAGAUAGGUGACUUUGGGAUGACCAGACCUAUCUUUGACCAUGACUACUACAGGUUUAACAAGAAAGGUAUGCUGCCAGUGAGAUGGAUGUCUCCAGAGAGUCUCACAGAUGGAAAAUUCACAUAUAAAUCUGAUAUCUGGAGUUUUGCCAUCUUGUUGUACGAGAUUGUCACGUUUGGCAGCUUUCCAUAUCAGGGCUUGACCAAUAAUCAGGUUUUGGAGUUUGUGAAGAACGGAAAUACGCUGGAGCUUUCAGACCAAGCGUCCCCCAAACUGAAAUUAUUACUGAAAGCCUGCUGGGAAUAUGAACAAAGCAAGAGGCCAGACACCUUGGACAUUAUUGGUAUACUUGAGGCCAAUCCUACACUCAUAACUCCAAUUUUAGAUGCUCCAUUGUCAGCUGUCAUAACGGAAGAGUCCAAAUCACUCAAUAUCAAUAUUCCAGUCAAAAGCAAAUUCGGUGGCAUGGCCCGAAGACGGCAAAUGCUACGCCAAAGCAGCUCCGUCUCACACGACGGAAGACUGUUGUCAUUUAAUGGCGAUGUUGAAGCACAUUCGCCCAAUGAGCCCUCCUCUCCUGCUGUUAGAGGGGAUCGCGUGCGGCAUGCAACCGGGGAGACAGUGUUCAUCUUUCCUCACAAUUCGGAACACUCGAACCUUGAAAACUUCCAUCUGAGUAACAGCAACAAGAGUAUGCAGAGUUUGAAACUGGCGUGCAGCGAUAGGGGCAGCGUGCCUAACGGCCUCGUGUGUCACCAGGACUCCAUGGUCGCAGUUGGAGACUCCUCAAAUAACGUGAUCCAGUUGAGUGCACACAGACACUCCCUGGAGGAGAAGGGGGACAGUGAUUACUGCAGUGACAAUUCCAAGGAGAUGUGGAAUCACGUCAGUCAAGUAUGACGGGGCGCCUCUCCCCUUGGCCUGCCGACCAGGACGCGGGAGGAACAGGUGACCGCUGCUACUGCAGUGGCGCAAAACGGAGACGGGACGAUGUCCUCUACAUCAGGGACAGAGCCACGUCCCAAGGCCUGGGCGGUUUCCAUAAACAAACUUCCAGUUUGUAGUCAAGGGGAGAGCUUUGUAUGAAGACUUAAUACUUUCAAACAACUUCUGUAUUCUGUAUGUAAAUAGAAAUAUGUGUAAAUAGAAAUAUACACAUGGACCUUAUAAAGGUUGAAGGUUGUGAAACUUAGUAGAGAUGAGGUGAUGAUUUGACUUACUGAUUGGCCAAUGUUUAUAGCAUUGAAAUAGGCCAGUGCUUUGAAAGUUGACCUUUUAAGCAGCAUCAAAGUGGGUGGAAUCGAAAGAGGUCAAGGUCAUUCAAGGCAGUGAAGGUCCAGAUGGGUGUGGUCAUGUUUGAGUUGCAUGGCCUACUUUUUUUUAAUGAAGUUUGAGGGACAUGCUUUUGAACUUUGGGAACAUGUCAUAUAUUUCACUAACAUCAAAGUUUUUAUAUCUCCAAGACCAUAAGAAUACAGGUCAGUAAAUCCACAAUGAAGUGUAGGUCGACAUUAUUCAUGUUUUUAGUAUUAACCUAAGUGGUAAUUGUAAAUAAUUUAACAUUUUGUACAAGACUAAUAGAAACUGUUAGCUGAAUAAGUGUUUCUGUUAUGAUUUCUGCUGUUUGGUCCACAGGCAGCCCUUAGUCAAUGAGUCAUGACCUUGAAUAAAUAUGUCAAGGUCAACAAGUUUUGAACUUGAAUUCAUGAGUGAAGGUCACCAAGUAUUGACCUUGACACUGAAGUUACCUCAUUAUUUAUGCACAGGCCUUGUUCUAGACAAUGCAACUUGAUUGAUACAAAAGUGACCUCCUUUGCCAGGUGGUACGUUAAUGGCUGGAUCCUUUCAACCUGGAAAAAUUUUCAAUUUUUCAGACGCAUAUAAUUUUGUAAUCAUUAAAAAUACACUUUUUUUUUUAGCAUUUUGGUGCUUUUACUGUAUAGAAUAGAACUAUUAGGUAGCCUGCUUCUCAAUUGUCUAAUUUGAAGAAUUUAUUGCUUUAA